CAGGUUUUGCAGCAGAGACCUUUGAAAGCUCUGUCUGUUACACAGUGAAAGUUGUGUUUUCUGAUGAAGGACAGAUCAGAAACUCUCUGCUUUCCGUAUUUAUAAUAAGUCAUAGCUUGAUAAGAGAGGAUAACAAUGAAAAUUUGGGAUCCUAGUUGGUUUUGUACUUUUCAACCAGGAUCUGAAUUAACAGGCUCAAACUGUGCUGUGGAAAUAGCUCUCCCCAGGUCUAAGAGUCCCCAGGUGAAGAGUCGAUCCAUUUAUUAGGCUGUAUACAUAUUCAAGAAAGCAAACUCUUAUUGAAGAAAUGUCUAUUCCAUCUGAAUGAAGCCAAUUAGAAAAUCGCUUCUCCAAAGCAGAAAGAAAAGCACACAUUUUAACGAAUCGUAAAACAACAUCAAUUCACAAUGUCCAGAAACAUAGAAAUCAUCAACUUCUCCUACUUAUUGGAUCAAGAGAGGGAGUCCAUUAUGCUUGUCUUACAGAGAGAUGAACACCUGAAGAAAAUAGAAGACAAACGAGUAAGAAAAUUAAAGAAUGAACUUCUGGAAAUAAGACGAAAAGGUGGUAACCGACACAGGCAGCGCCAGCAGAAUAACCCCAAAGUUUGUGUCCGCUGCCAGAAGAAUUUAGGGUUGAUCUUUGACCGGGGAGAACUGUGUCAUGCCUGCCAGCUACGGGUCUGCAAUGCGUGCCGUGUUGUGGUUAAAGAUGGUAAAUGGAAGUGUACAGUGUGUGCCAAGAUUGCACAGCUAAAAAUAGCAACAGGUGAGUGGUUUUUCGAAGAGCGAGAUAAGCGCUUCAAAAAUGGCACUGUCCUUGGGAGUGACGUGGUCAGAAAGUCCAUCAUGAGAAAGAUACCAGCAGCAGCUAAAACAGAUGAAGAAGUGAAAAAUCCAGCAAAUAUGGAUGGGAAACAACAGACCACAAAUAACGAAGCAGCAUCAGGAAAUGUCUCAGCUGGCAACGGAACUUGUACACUGAACAAAACUGCUGUUAAACCAUCAGGAAAAGGAGAAGAUUCAAGAAGUAUCCGUUCGGUUUUUGAUACCCAAAGCCUGCGCAGUACCCGUUCAAUGCCACGAUCUGAAGGCUUAAGGUCUUUAAAGCAAACAAGAAAUGGAGAAGAUGGGUUAAGUAUUCGUUCAGACCAUGACACUCAAAGCUUGAAGAGCACCAGAUCAAUUGCACGCUCUGAACGAAUGUUCAAAGGUGAUAUUCACAGUCUCCCUGAAUCUUCACAAGCUGAGAUGCUUUACCCUGGCCAGGAUAUUGGAGAUACAGUCAGCCAAGCAAGCUUCAAAGUAGAUUCACGUUCAGAAUCCAAACGCACCUCUCCUGUUUCCAUAAGGGGAAGUAAUCACUCUUUGGACAUGUCAGGUGCUGGAGUCACGUCCACAGGCAGCAUUAUUUCAGCACAAGGUUCUCCUACACCGAGUAAACGCAGCAUGUCUUCCAACUACAGCCAGAUGCAUUCUAAUUUAGAUAAAGGAAUGAGAACAAGUAGCAGUAUACCUGAGGAUCUUUCUAAGGGCCAUCAAAGAAAACCUUCUGACGCUCCCUCAGUAGCUGUAUCCAGAGUAUCUAUAUCAUCAGAUCGCAGUAGAUCUGAACUGGACCUCAGUGGAAAUUUUGCUGGAGGAAAUGAGGAAACAGGGAGCAUCAGGAGCAGAUCUGUUCCAGGAGGCUUGAAUAAGGAUUUGGAAUACCUCGAUGAAAUUGAAGAAGAUAUUGAUGAAUUGAUCAAUACCCACAAUUCAAGCAAUAUGAGAAGUGGGCUAUCAACUAAUGCCCAGGCAAUGUCUGACAGGAAGUGGACCUAUUUAAAUGUACCCGACCCCGAUGCAGAUACUACAAGCCUUAAUAGCAUGACUAGUGUCUACAGUGAAAUGGGAGACUACGGGAAUGUGAAAGUCACUGGAGAAAUCUUCUUGAACAUUAGUUACAGCUACAAAACUGGUGCUUUGAACGUUUUGGUGAAAAACUGCAGAAACCUUGCAGUGGCUGAUGAGAAGAAGAACAGAACAGACCCGUAUGUCAAGGCUUAUCUCCUUCCUGACAAGUCACGCCAAAGUAAGCGGAAGACAAAAAUAAAAACCAACACAACCAAUCCAGAUUUCAAUGAAACCUUAAAGUAUGUUAUCAGCCAUACACAACUGGAAACCAGAACCCUGCAGUUAUCUGUCUGGCACAAUGACCGGUUUGGACGGAACAGCUUCCUGGGUGAAGUACAUAUCCCUCUAGACUCGUGGAAUUUCGAGAAUCAAGAGGAUGAAAGUUUUCCUUUGCAACCCAAGGUGGACUUAGCAUCUGAUGUCACUCUUCAAUAUAAAGGAGAGAUCACCGUUGGUUUACGAUACAUACCGCCGGAGAAAAACCUGACCCUUCCUCUAGAACCUGUGAUAGGUAAAAAAAGUUUUAGGAAAUCAAAGAAAGGAAGUAUUCAGAUGCCAAGUGGUGGAAUUUUAGAGGUGCUCAUAAAAGAGGCCAAAAAUUUAACAGCUGUUAAAUCAGGUGGCACAUCAGAUACAUUUGUUAAAGGAUAUCUGUUGCCUGAUAAUAAUAAAUCAUCUAAGCACAAGACUCCAAUCAUAAAGAAAACUGUGAACCCUCAUUGGAACCACACAUUUACUUUUACCAAUCUGCAACCCACUGACAUACAAAACGUGUCCCUGGAACUGACAGUAUGGGACAAGGAAUCCCUGUCUAGCAAUGUGUUCCUUGGUGGCAUCUGCUUGGGAUGUGGAAGUGGUACGAGUUCUGGAAAUGAAGUGGACUGGGUGGAUGUACAAGGAGAAGAGCACUUUUUAUGGCAAAAAAUGAUAGACAAUCCUGGAACUUUGGUUGAAGGGACCCUAAUGCUAAGAUCUACCAUGGCAAAGCACAAGAACACUACAUCCAAGUCCUAAAUGUCAUCCAAAUAUACUUUCAGGGCAUUUCUACCUAAGAAGAAAGUGACUGGGACCAACUCUAGCCCUAAAGCGAGAAAUGACAAAAGUGGCUUUUACUGCUACCAUGUCUUUGGAUUCAGAUAAAAGUAUAUUUAUUGUUUGUAAGGUGUAGAUAUACAGGAAACAUUUCACUGGCAUUUAAAUUUUGUACAAAGAGAAAAAAAAAGGAAA